UGUAGGAGGACAAGGAAAGUACGGCACCAGUUUCUUGCUUGCUCUCCAAAAAGGGAGCGGUGCCUGGAGGAAUUUACUAUCCACUAUCCGUCCUGCCUGCGGACAAAAUCUUGAAGCCAUCGAACCUUUGUCCGCAAGCCCCAGUUCAUUGGAAUCUCCGAUAGAAUCAAAUGUCACUCGGUAAUGGAUGGACCCACGCGCAAACUCCUUUUUUCUUCUUCCCGCUGAUGUUUUCUUUUCCCUUUAUCUUGAGGAACUCGGAAUUCAGAGCGUUGUCUCAAGAUUCAACCUGGACAGGGAAAAAGUGUUCCUUACGGAUUAAUGGCUCAGCGAUCACACGUUCCUAAGUUCGGGAAUUGGGACGGCGAUAAUGUACCCUACACAGCCUACUUCGAGAACGCACGUAGAGACAAAGCAGGCGGCACGAUGAUAAACCCGAACGAUCCAGAGCAGAAUCCUGACGCCUUCAAUAUUGGAGGAGCAAGUGGGGGAAGCAGCAACGUUACUCAUGCCGUUCCGGCUUCUGGGCGCAUCAAUCCUGAUAAGCAGAUGGCACGAGAAAAAUAUGGUCAUCAGAGGCACAUUUACGAUCAGCAUAAGAGUACUAGUAGCAAGACCGUUGCAUCCGAAUCAAGCAGUGAUAAAAGCCCAUCUGAUAGUUCAGUUACUCCAGUCCUUAGGCCAAGCCACAGGAGGAAAAAGUCUGACCGGAGUAAAUAUACAAGUUAUAGUCACGUCCCGCCUUCACCAGGCCUCAAUCAAUCUGAUGAUUUUUCCACUAGAGCUGUGUCUGUGCCAAGAUUUGGACAAUGGGAUGAAAAUGAUCCAAGAUCAGCAGAAGGAUUUACUGUCAUUUUCAACAGAGUUAAGGAGGAAAAACAAAUUGCAGCAGCUAAGUUCCCUCCUGUGCCACUACAGAAUUUCAACAACCACCAGGCUAGCCAGGAAAAGGAUACCAAAUCAAAGAAAUGUUGCGGCCUCUUUUGAAGAGCAAACGGAAUUUGUUUGUCUGUCUUCGUCUUUUUUCCCUCGUCAAUGGCACAACCAUUCUGCUGUCAAUAUACUUCUACAAGAACACAAGUUUCCACUCUUUUGUUAUGUAAGAAAACAUCCAGCCGCAGAACUUUGAGCUUGUCUGGUUCUUGGAACUGGACCAAUAUUAAUAAUUUGGGUCAAUAGCAAUUUAUCCCCAUGUGAUAUUGAAAAUGAGCACGUUACCCCCUAUAAUUCGCCCUCCUGUACUUUUUAAAAUAAAGCUUCAUUUUAAAAAUCAUAGGUGGGUAAAUUGUUAUAUUUUAAAAAAUACAGGAAGGUAAAUCAAUUUUAUUUUUUCAUAAAGGGGUAAUUUGUUCAUUUGCAAUAUCACAAGGGGUUGCUUGCAUUUUUUCUCUUAAUAUGUUAUGCAAUCUUCGUUUAAUCAACAUCCCAAUUCCCUAAUGCAGGCACAGGGUAGGAUGGUUAUAAUCUGAAUUUUUAUGCUUGGGCUUCUUGCUCCUCUGUAUGAUUCAAAUUUGAAAUUUGAAUGUUUUGUUAGCAUAAAUACACACUUGGAACCAAGAAUUAAGCAUUGCAUCACAUCAAUGAAAAGUUUAAU